GCGCGCCUUCUAUUGAGGAGGGAGUGUUUCGUGUGUCAUUUUUAGAUAAAGUUUACAUGUUUUCUCGAAUUUAGGCAAUAAAUCACACUAAUCGUUAUAUGUUAACAUUGUUGUGAUUAUGUGUUAUCAUCUUGUGAGUGCUCAAGGCGUGUGAUAAGGGUGUCAUUGUAUGGGGGUGAAGGAAAGGAGCCAACAUGGGAGACAGCUUCUUGCACCUGGGGGACAUCGUGUCCCUCUAUGCAGAGGGCUCGGUCGCAGGUUUCCUCAGUACUUUAGGCUUCGUGGAUGGGUUGGUAGAUGACAGAUGCGUCGUGUGUCCCGAAGCUGGUGACCUUACUGAUCCACCCAAGAAGUUUCGAGAUUGCCUGUUUAAAAUAUGUCCCAUGAAUCGUUACUCCGCGCAGAAGCAGUUUUGGAAUACGGCCAAGCAGUCGGCUAACACCAAUGCUGAUACCGACACUGGGCUGUUGAAGAGAUUGCAUCAUGCCGCCGAAAUCGAGAAGAAGCAGAAUGAUAUGGAAAAUACGAAGGUGCUGGGCACUGUGGUGCAGUACGGGAGCGUGAUACAGCUGCUGCACGUCAAGAGCAAUAAAUAUCUUACGGUAAAUAAAAGACUACCCGCUUUACUGGAGAAAAAUGCGAUGCGAGUCCACUUGGACGCAAACGGCAAUGAAGGAUCCUGGUUUUACGUCAUACCCUUUUAUAAAUUGCGAUCUACUGGUGAUAAUGUGGUGGUUGGAGACAAGGUUAUAUUAAAUCCCGUGAAUGCGGGACAGCAAGUGCUGCACGUGUCUGCUAAUCAUGAGCUGCCCGAUAAUGUGGGAUGUAUGGAGGUUAACGUGGUGAAUUCAUCCACAUCCUGGAAAGUUACACUAUUCCUCGAGCACAAAGAGAACCAAGAGGAGAUCCUGAAAGGUGGUGAUGUCGUGCGUCUCUUUCACGCGGAGCAAGAGAAGUUCCUCACAAUGGACGAGUAUAGAAAGAGACAGCACGUGUUUCUCAGGACCACCGGCAGAUCCAGUGCCACGGCCGCGACGAGUAGUAAAGCUUUGUGGGAAAUUGAGGUAGUGCAGCACGACCCGUGCCGCGGCGGCGCGGGACACUGGAACUCGAUAUUCCGGUUCAAACACCUCGCCACUGGACACUAUCUAGCCGCUGAAGCCUGCACUAAAACCACUGAGGUUUUCGUUAGCAGUGACGCGAGCACAGAACCCGCGUACCAGCUGGUGUCGGUGCCGCACUCGUCGGAGAUCGCGACGCUGUUCGAGCUGGACCCUACCACUAUGACGCAUUCUGACGCACCCGUGCCGCAGAGCAGUUAUGUGAGGUUACAGCACCUGUGCACGCACACAUGGGUGCACUCCACAUCAAUACCGAUUGACCAAGAGGAAGAGAAACCUGUCAUGUCGAAGGUGGGUUGUUCAGUAAUAAAAGAAGACAAAGAGGCAUUCGCACUAAUAUCGGUGUCGCCCAGUGAGGUGCGAGACUUGGACUUCGCGAAUGACGCGUGCAAAGUGUUGUGCGCACUCUCCGGGAAGCUGCACCAGGGGAAUAUCGAACACAAUGAGAUGAAAGCUUUAACCUGCCUCCUCCAAGACAUAGUAUACUUUAUAGCGGGAUACGAGAAUGAGCCCAACAAGUCCAAAGCCCUGGACCUAGUCGUGGAGAACCCUAAUCGCGACAGGCAGAAACUCCUCAGGGAACAGUAUAUAUUGAGACAGCUGUUUAAAAUAUUACAGGGACCAUUCGAAGAGUCAUCAGAAGGCGAACCAUUCUUAAAAAUAGAAGAAUUAUAUGAUCCAAGAUAUGCACCAUAUAAAUUUAUAUUCAGAUUAUGCUACAGGAUAUUGCGCCUUAGUCAACAGGAUUAUAGGAAGAAUCAGGAGUACAUAGCGAAGCACUUCGGCUUCAUGCAGAAGCAGAUAGGAUACGACAUCCUCGCAGAAGACACCAUCACGGCGUUGCUGCACAACAAUAGGAAACUGUUGGAAAAGCACAUUACAGCUGCCGAGAUUGAGACCUUUGUUGGUCUCGUCCGCAAGAAUAUGAAGACCUGGCAGUCCCGUUUCCUGGACUACCUGAGCGACCUGUGCAUAUCCAACAAGAAGGCCAUCGCUGUUACUCAGGAGCUGAUCUGCAAGAGUGUGCUUUGCGCCAACAAUGCUGAUAUCCUCAUCGAGACCAGAUUAGUGCAUUUAAAAUACGAGGAUAGAUCGACAGAUGGUGAUAAAAUAUCAAUGGAAGAAGACGUUAUAUUAUUUUGGAAUAAUAAGCAGUCUUCAGAAUAUUUAUCCGCAUUAGCGACUAAAGCGAAAGCGGACCCGCGCAGUGAGGCGGCGGCCAUCUUGGAUUACUACCGACACCAGCUUGACCUGUUCUCGAACAUGUGUCUCAAUAGACAGUACUUGGCGCUUAACAGUUUAUCUCAACAGCUGCACAUAGAUCUUAUUCUCAAGUGCAUGUCAAACGGUGCCCUUCCGCACGAAGUCCGCGCCUCGUUCUGCCGGCUGAUGCUGCACCUCCAUGUAGACCGCGACCCUCAGGAGCCGGUGACGCCGGUCAAGUACGCGCGCCUCUGGAGCGAGGUGUGCGACAGGAUACACAUACACGAUUACCAAUGCGUCCGCGGCGGGCCGGACGCCACGAGGGAGAAGGUGAAACAGCAGUUCGCGUCAACCAUCCGCUUCGUGGAGAACUACCUGUGCAACGUGGUGACCAGGACCUGGUACUUUAGUGACCACGACCAGAACAAGCUCACCUUCGAGGUCGUCAAGUUGGCCAGGGAGCUGAUAUACUUCGGGUUUUAUAGCUUCAGUGACCUCCUACGGCUAACAAAGACUUUGCUAAGCAUCCUCGACUGUGUGACCGCUAUGGACCUGCUCAAUGAGACCAGCGCGUUGGCUGGAGACGUCGAAUCCCAGGAAGGAGAGAUUAAAAAACCGGAAGGCGGUGUUCUUCGCACAAUUGGAGACAUGGGAGCUGUGAUGACUUCCAUUACCCUUGGAACCGCGCAUAAUGUGGUGGGGGGCGGGGCGCAGCAGCGCAGCCCGUCUGCGCUCGCGCUGGCGCGGAAACACCCGCUCGUUAUGGAAACCAAGCUGAAGAUUAUUGAGAUUCUCCAGUUCAUCCUCGACGUGCGGCUGGACUACCGCAUCAGCUGUCUUCUGUCCAUCUUCAAGAAGGAAUUUGAGCAAGCCGUUGAUAAGAGCGGCGACUCCAUUGGACGUGCUGACGUGGAGGCGAUAGGGUUACAGGCUGAGGGCAUAUUUAGUUGCCGAGCAAUACAGACUGUGCCUGACAACUGUCUUCCAAAAAAUGUAGAUUUGGAUGGGCUAGACUUGGACGAGUGCGGUGGCCGAAUGGUCCUUCGAGUACUGUUGCAACUGUGUUCGCAAGGCGCCUCCGCAGCACUGGUGUCGGGCGCACUUGCCUUGCUAUUCAGGCAUUUUAGCCAGAGGCAGGAAGUCCUAGCAGCGUUUAAACAGGUACAACUGCUGGUAUCGGACGCGGACGUGGAAUCUUACAAGCAGAUAAAGGCAGAUUUAGAUGUUUUGCGGCAAAGUGUGGAGAAAUCUGAGCUCUGGGUGUUUAAUAAGGGAAGAGCGGGCGCUUUGGACGAUCACACUGAAAUAAAAGGCACAGUGGGUCCCGGCGGCGCGGUGCUGGAGCGGAACGCGUCGCUGGACAAUGUGCUCGACACUUCUAGAACGAACAAGCACGACCAUAUGAAUGAGUAUAAGAAGAUCAAAGAGAUCCUAGAGCGCAUGAUCAAGUACUGCACCCGGGGCAACAACGGCGACGCGGGCGCCGGCCGGCCGCGCCGCCACGAGCAGCGCCUCCUGCGCAACAUCGGCGUGCAUCACACCGUACUCGACUUGUUACAGGUCCCACACGACGAGAACGACACGGCGAUGGACGAGCUGCUGGACCUGGCGCACGAGUUCCUGCAGCACUUCUGCCACGGCAACCAGCAGAAUCAAGCCAUCCUGCACAAACACCUCGACCUGUUCCUCAAUCCUGGCAUCCGCGAAGCGCAAACCGUGUGCGCGAUAUUCGAAGAGAACGCGUCGCUGUGCGCGCACGAGAACAACGACAAAGUGGUGGCGCACUUCGUGCACUGCAUCGAGAGCAGCCGCCGCCACCCCGCCUACCUGCGCUUCCUGCGCACCAUCGUGCGCGCCGGCCCGCAGCACAUCCGCCGCAGCCAGGACCUCGUCAUGCAGGAGUUGGUGAACGCUGGCGAGGACGUACUGGUGUUCUACAACGACAAGGUGAUGUUCAACUUUUUCGUACAAAUGAUGAGGCAGUACAAACAAAAUGGCGAGAUGCCAGAGGCUCUAACAUACCACAUUCAGCUCGUCAAACUACUGACUUCCUGCACUUUGGGCAAGAAUGUCUACACCGAGAUCAAGUGUCACAGCUUGCUGCCUCUUGACGACAUUGUUGCUAUGAUCACACACCCUGAUUGUAUACCAGAGGUGAAAGAAGCCUACGUAGGGUUCCUGAACCACUGCUACAUAGACACCGAAGUAGAGAUGAAGGAGAUCUACUCCAGCAACUACAUGUGGGAUCUGUUCGAGCGCUCCUUUCUGCAGGACAUGCACGCUAUCCUACAACCUGAUGCUGGAACCUCAUCAUCAGGCGAGGUGAAGGUGUCGAGCAGCUCGCGGCAGGCGUGGGUGAACUACGUGACGGAUGUCCUGAUGCACACCAUAUGCACCUUCUUCAAUUCUCCCUUCAGCGAUCAGAGCACUACUGUGCAGACUCGGCAGUCGAUCUUCGUGAAGAUGCUACAGAGCACAUUCCGCAUCUACCAGUGUCCGUGGCUCAACCCACCUCAGAAGCUCAAUGUGGAGAAAUGCAUUCGGACACUCAGUGAAGUUGCUAAAAGCCGCAGCAUAGCCAUCCCACUGGAGCUAGAAGCUAAGAUCCAAACGGUGUUCGAGAAAGCGGCUGCGCUGUCCCGGCAGACCAGCAAGUGGCUGCUCGCUUCUAAAACCUGCAAGCUGGAGAAAAUGGCUUCACAGAGCAAUCUGCAGAACGACAAGUCAGUGAUGGAAGGUCUGCAAGAGAUAGUGUCGUUGUUGGAGGAGCAGCUGCGGCCGCUGCUGCAGGCGGAGCAGUCGCUGUUGGUGGACAUCCUGUACAAGCCGCACCGCCUGUUCACCUCGCCCGGCGAGCUCACCAGCCCCGACACAAGCGGCAUCUUCAUAUCCAGGUUAAUCCGUCACACGGAGAAACUUCUAGAAGAGAAAGAAGAGAAGUUAUGCGUCAAAGUACUCCGCACGUUGCGCGAGAUGAUGGCUGUUGACCCAGAAUAUGGAGAAAAAGGCAACCAGUUGCGCAACAAGUUGCUAUCGCAAUACUUCGUGAACCGCAAGUCGGAGCCCAAGAUACAGACCGCACCCCCCCUCGUCGCUGUCACGCAUGGCCCUGGGGCUGAAGCACUACCACAAGUGAAAACAGCAAAAGUGCUCAUGCGCACGGGACAGACGCUGGCACAAGUGCAGGCGCACCUUGACAGAGAAGGUGCAUCGGACCUGGUGGUGGAACUGGUAAUCAAAAGCACCAACAGACCAGCUAUAUUCCUAGAGGCUAUACAGCUUGGAAUUGCUCUUCUGGAAGGUGGCAAUCCUAUCAUUCAAAAUAGUAUAUUUACGAAGCUUCAGAAUGGUGACAUAUCACAGGCGUUUUUGAAGGUAUUCUACGAUAAGAUGCGCGAGGCUCAGCAGGAGAUCCGCUCGCUGGCCGUCAGCAGCACCAGCGGAGCCCCCACCGACAAGCGCACCAGCCCCACUGACAGACAGAAGCACUCCACCCCUGAGGGUAAACCAGUAACGGGUCCAUUAGUGGUGGGUGAGGAUAUGGACGAGGAAGUGAACAACGCGUGCGGCUCCGCGGUACACGCCUACUCAGAUAUACACACCAUGUCCCAUGCUUUUACCCCUUUUCAACCAAUAUCUAUCUCACAAUCUCGUCAUAAAUCUAAAGGAACAACAGUGUUAGAGGAAAUAAUGGCCGAAAAGAAGCGUUCCAGUGGCAAUGGGGAUGUUCUGCCAGCCAAGGUGGCCGUCAUGAAGCCCAUCUUGCGGUUCCUGCAACUUCUCUGCGAAAACCACAACCCGGAUCUUCAGAACCUUCUCCGCAACCAGAACAACAAGUCGAACUACAACCUAGUGUCGGAGACGCUCAUGUUCCUGGACUGCAUCUGCGGCUCGACCACGGGCGGACUCGGGCUCUUGGGCUUGUAUAUUAACGAGGGGAACGUAGCACUUAUCAAUCAAACUCUGGAGACGCUCACUGAAUAUUGUCAAGGUCCCUGCCACGAAAACCAGAACUGCAUAGCGACACACGAGAGCAACGGGCUGGACAUCAUAACGGCACUGAUCCUGAACGACAUCAACCCCCUGGGCAAGACGCGCAUGGACCUGGUGCUCGAGCUGAAGAACAACGCCUCCAAGCUGCUGCUGGCCAUCAUGGAGUCGAGGAAUGAUUCCGAGAACAAUGCUGAGAGGAUCCUGUAUAAUAUGAACCCUAAGCAAUUGGUGGACGUGGCAUGCAGUGCCUUCCACCAGGAGCACGCGGACGCCGACUCGGAUAGCGAAGAUGACGCGCCCUGUGCAGGGGUUUCUCCCAAGGAGGUCGGGCACAACAUCUACAUCCUGUGCCACCAGCUGGCGGCGCACAACAAGGAGCUGGCGGCGCUGGUGCGCGCCACGCCCAGCGGGCCCGCCGCGCCCGCGCUGCAGUACUACCGCUCGCACACCGCGCAGAUUGAGAUAGUGCGCACGGACCGCAGCAUGGAGCAGAUAGUGUUUCCGAUCCCAGAGAUAUGCGAGUACCUUCCUGAUGAAAGUAAACACCGCGUACUGCAGAGCGCUGAGCGAGACGACCAGGGUAGCAAGGUGGCUGACUUCUUUUCGCGGCUGGAUAAUCUGUUCCAUGAGAUGAAGUGGCAGAAGAAACUGCGAGGCCAACCGUUUCUGUUCUGGGUGUCGUCGUACAUGUCAUAUUGGAGCAACAUUCUGUUCAAUUUCGCUGUUCUAAUAAACGUCAUCGUUGCAUUUUUCUACCCAUUUCAAGAAGAAAAUCCAGAAUUGGACGAGCAUCUAUCGAUGGUGGUGUGGAUAGCGCUGUGCCUGGCGGCCGCGCUGGUGAUGUGGGCCCCGAGCUGGGCCUCGCUGCGGGCGCUCGCCGCCUGCGUCAUCGUGCUGCUCAUCUACCUGCUGGGCCCCGAGCCCAUGCUGUGGCUCCUCGGCAUGCUCACCAUAGUAGUAAAAGGCAUCCACUUAGUGAGCAUAAUGGGGAACCAGGGUACACUGUCUAAGUCCCUGAGAGACGUGAUCACGGAUCCCGAGCUGCUGUACCACGGAGUCUACCUCAUCUUCUGCUUCCUGGCCAUCUGCUGUCAUCCGUUCUUCUUCUCUGUCCUGCUGCUAGACAUAGUGUACCGCGAGGAAACCCUCCUGAACGUGAUGCGCUCCGUGACACGCAACGGGCGCUCCAUCCUGCUCACCGCCGUGCUGGCGCUGGUGCUGGUCUACAUGUUCUCCAUCGUUGGCUACAUGUUCUUCCGGGACGACUUCCUGGUCAACGUGGACCGGCUCGAUGACGACGACGACCCCCGCUUCGAAGUGGGGCCGGGCGAGGCGGGCGAGGCGGGCGGGGCGGGCGGGGAGGGGGGCGGCGAGCGGCGCGCGCGGCUCGUGGCGGUGGGCGGCGAGCUGCGCGAGCGCAGCUGCGACUCGCUCGUCAUGUGCAUCGUCACCACGCUCAACCAGGGCCUGCGCAACGGCGGCGGCAUCGGCGACAUCCUGCGCGCGCCCGCCAGCUUCGAACCGUUGUUCGUGGCGCGUGUGGUAUACGACCUUCUAUUCUUCUUCGUGGUGAUCAUUAUAGUUCUAAAUCUCAUCUUUGGUGUCAUCAUCGACACCUUCGCCGACCUGCGUAGCGAGAAACAGCAGAAGGAGCUGAUAUUGAAGAAUACCUGUUUCAUUUGUGGUUUGAAUAGAUCCGCCUUCGACAACAAGACGGUAUCAUUCGAAGAGCACAUAAAGAGUGAGCACAACAUGUGGCACUACCUGCAUUUCAUGGUGCUGGUGAGGGUCAAGGACCCCACUGAGUUCACCGGCCCCGAGAGUUAUGUGCACUCUAUGAUCAAGUCGAACAACCUAGACUGGUUCCCG